CAGGCAGGCAAACAGGGGGCACCUUCCAGACGCCGCGGGAUAAAAAAAUUUCUCACUGCGCCAUCGCAAUCCCCCGUCGCAUCGAAUCCGUUUCGUUUCCUGUUUUCUUUGCUUUUGUUUUCCCUGGCGAUUUAUGCCAUCACAUCUGGCGCUGCUAUCGUGCCUGCUGGUGCUGCUCCUCUCGCUCGACAAGUUCGUCCUCCACUACCUCAAGAAGCGCCUCUUCUCCGGCCCAAGGAUCCCGACCGGCGCCCCCAAAUCGCGGCGGUCCAUGGCGGCCGCCGCCAAAUGGAGCGAGACGGCCAUGCUCGUCAUCGACAUGCAGAAGGACUUCGUGGACCCGGGGAUGCGCAGCCCCAUGCUGGUGGCCGGCGGCGAGGCCGUCGUCCCCGCCGUCGCCGAGGCCGUGGCCGUCGCGAGGCAGCGCGGCAUCUUCCUCGUCUGGGAAUUGGCACGUUCAGAGACACAAUUUCUAGGAUCACUGACCAAGGUCGUCAGAGAGCAUGACCCUUCUGGAAGGGAUGUUGAACUUUUCCGCAGGCACCACUAUUCUGCGGGGAAGGGUCCAACCGUGAAAGGUUUGAAAGGUGCAGAGCUAGCUGAUGGGCUUGUUAUCAAGAAGGGGGAGUAUAAGUUGGUGAAGACAAGGUUCAGUGCUUUCUUUGCGACACACCUUGAUUCUGUCCUCAAAACUGCUGGAAUAAAGAACUUGGUUAUUGUUGGAGUUCAAACACCAAAUUGCAUCCGGCAGACUGUCUUUGAUGCUGUAGCACUGGACUACGAGAAAAUAACAGUUCUUAUUGAUGCAACAGCUGCUGCAAGGCCAGAAAUCCAUUUGUCAAAUAUCAGGGAUAUGAAGAACAUUGGAGUGGAGACACCGACCCUAGAAGAAUGGCGCCGCUAGGCUCACUUUCUCUUCAUUCCACUGUCUCUCGGCAACCAAGGGCAUCCCCUAGUGUCCGAGAUGCAACACCUACCUCUUCAAUUUUUUGGUUUUCGACUUCAUUUACGUCUGACUCUGUGUAGUUGUAGUGUUACUCUGCCAGGUAAGAACAAUUCCAGACGCCGCCAUGUAUGCAAACUUCUAAUCCCUAUGUAAAGAUAGAGCUUAUCACGCAAUGUGGUCGAUGGGUGAUGGCCACUUAAUCAGUGGGGAAACAGAUGUGAUGGAACAGGGAGUCUGUUAGCCCCCA